UCUAAUCUGCGUUCGAUUGAGACUUCCUGUGUGGCAGAACUGAGAGCAGGCGAGCGCGUAAUCAGCACUGCCUACAGACUAGUUUACGGUAACACUCUCGAAAUUCGCCGCCUGGACCUACAAAAGUGCUCGUUUGGACUUAAUCUGGAAUGAAACGCUUUAUUCUAACUAUAAUGUUGUUGGAUAAACGUUGAGUGCAAGAACUAAACAGCAAAGAGAUCCUCGGUGCGGGUCAAGCACAUCUCACCCGACCAACAGAAAAAGGAGGAGAGGCCAAAAAAGACAACUGCAACUGGAGGAAAAAAGUGCCUACAAUCCUCACGGAUUGCCACAACGUCGAAGAUUAUCGUGACAUGAUGGCCACGGAGGAACUCUACGAGGUGGAGAGAGUAGUUGGCAAACGUAAGAACAAAAAGGGCAAGACUGAGUACCUGGUCCGCUGGAGAGGCUAUGGCUUUGAGGGAGACACCUGGGAGCCGGAGAGUCACCUGUCCAGCUGCGUCGAGUUUAUCCAUGAAUUUAAUCGGCAACACAGCGAGAAGCAGAAAGACGGAACUUUAAUACGCUCCACACGGAGCUCUCCUAGCACAGCCGGAGGCAACACUAACAUCAACGCCCGCAAACAGAUCAGCAGGCCUCAGCAGCCCUCAGCGAAUCCUAACACAGCGAAGACUACUCCACAGACCUCAAGCACACCCUCCACAAAACGGCUUCAGCCAGCACAGCACUCACCAAACAACAGCGACGCACAGCAGCAGAAGAAUAAGCGUUCGGCUGGCGUGACUAGCACUGCCAUCACGGGCACAGUCACCGACACGGUCCCGACGGCAGCGCCAACAGCUGCACCCACUAUGAGUACGUUGCGCCGUAGUAUGGACCUAACAAAAACUGGCAUCAAAAUCCUAGUGCCAAAGAGCCCAAUGAACAGCCGCACUGAUACCGAGGAGUCUCCCAGUGAGGCAGCACACAGUCUGGAGCAGGGAGGCCAAGAGCCAGAUGCUGUGCCCCCUGAAGUGGCUUUGCUGGAGAAACCCACCGGAGCUGUGCGUGUACCAGGAGAGGAGCGAGCUCGUAUGGGCACAAGGCCCAGGACGCAAACGGCCCUUCCUCCACCACAGAUUCCCAUUACCCCAGCUGCUGUCCGUACAUUAAACGGGAAAGGCGUGACAACCCUCAUGGAGGCCUCGUCAGCAAACGGAACGGCCAUUACACAGAGCGGUGCUGCAGGAGUGAUGGGCGGCUCAGGGAUGACAGGCAAAAGGCGCUUUGAGGACCGUGCGACUUUCGACAAACGCCUGCGCUUCAGUGUUCGUCAAACUGAGAGUGCUUACCGUUACAGGGACAUUGUAGUUAAGAAACAAGAUGGCUUUACACACAUUCUGUUUUCUACAAAGACGUCUGAGAACAACUCACUGAAUCCUGAUGUAAUGAAGGAGGUUCAGAGUGCCAUGGCCACAGCUGCAGCUGAUGACAGUAAACUAGUUCUACUGAGCGCUGUGGGAAACGUAUUCUGCUUUGGUCUUGACUUCAUCUACUUUAUUAGGCGGCUCACGGAUGAUAGGAAAAAAGAAAGCAUCAAAAUGGCGGAGACAAUCAGGACUUUCGUCAACACAUUCAUCCAGUUCAAGAAGCCCAUCAUUGCUGCUGUGAAUGGGCCUGCUAUUGGGCUUGGAGCAUCUAUCUUGCCCCUGUGUGAUGUAAUCUGGGCCAAUGAGAAAGCUUGGUUCCAGACUCCUUACACAAUCUUUGGCCAAACUCCAGACGCCUGCUCCUCUGUAACAUUCCCUCUCAUCAUGGGAGUAGCUUCGGCUAAUGAAAUGCUUCUGAGCGGGAGGAAGUUGACUGCUCAGGAGGCUUGUGCCAAAGGACUCGUGUCCCAAGUUCUGUGGCCAGGGACCUUCACACAGGAAGUCAUGGUUCGCAUUAAGGAGCUAGUAUCUUGUAAUUCAGUUGUUCUGCGCGAGUCCAAAGCACUGGUGAGGAACAUUAACCGGGCCGCCCUGGAGCAGGCCAACGAGAGGGAAUGUGAGGCACUUAAGAGGGUCUGGGGCUCUCCUCAGGGCAUGGACUCCAUACUCAAAUAUCUCCAGAAGAAAAUAGAUGAAUUUUAAGUCGACUAAAUGUCCUACGGGUGUCAAAAACCUCCAUCCUCAAGUGCCUGAAGUUAUGUAGACAAGGUUUGUCAGUAGUUACUUUUUAGGUAGGAUUUUGAUGGAACUCCACAACAGAGGAAGACUGGCGUGGUCUAACCCGCAACUUCAUCUUCGUCCAGAACGUAUUUGCUUUUCAUCCGACUGCAGAAAGCAGCAUCUCAUUCUGCUACACUUGAUAAUGACUUUAAUGCAAAGUUUGUGUUAAAUCUUGCACAUCUUUCUCUAGGCACUGUGCAGAAGGACAAAAUGCCUUGAUAUAUGUAAAUUCCUGUCAUCCUUCAGCUCAAUCUCUGUUUUAUCAGGACUAAAGUCCUGAAUUGCUUUGUCAUAGAGGUAAUAUGGUUUUGGGCUAUUUUUCAACACGCCUCCUAUGCAGACUGAUUGAGAAAAGAUGAGUAAUGUCAGUGUAAUUUAAGAAAGUGAUGUAUGAGACUUGAAUGAGUUGAAUUUUGCUCUUUUCUCAGUUUGGUUACCGCUAAACUAACAGAUUGCAAUUAGAAUCAAGUCUUUAGUCGGUAGCAGACUUUUCUUUAGUUGGUACUUUUAUUACAUCGAUUAGAAGACAUCUCAAGUCUUGUUUACCUGGAAUAUUCAGGCAAAUCUUGCAGGCAUUUACAUGGGUCAGCCCUUUGUAGUCAUUUUUACGAAUGCAUAGUUCUAUCAAGACGAACAGACAUUGACGGCAGUGAAAAUGACACCAGUUAGCGUUAGUUCUGUUAUAGCAUCAUCUUGACUUGAAAGCUACUAAUGCAUUAAAAGAAAAGCACAUUGAAUUUCUGAUUAUGUAAUAACGAUCGUCAAGUGAACAAAAUGAAUACUUGAGGAUUUGCAAGGCGCAGGCUUAGUAGGAAUUAAUAGUUAUUUGUAUCAAAGUUAACAUUUGUAUGUUUUGCUGGCUUAAUUUUAAAAGUUUUCAGCUUAAUUUUUGUUUGUAUGUUUUUGGCAUACAAACUGUUUGCUUUGGAGUAACAUUAUACCACCAAAUAAUUUUGAUGUAAAUGUUGUUGACACAAUAUUUCUAAUUUAAUAACUUAUGACAUUAUGAAACUGAAUGAGGAAGGUUCCUCAUGAGUCAAUAAAGGGUGCUGGCCAUUUAAAUCUGCAUCCUUUUUUCUGCUGGUUCAAACAGACUGGACUGCUGUAUCAUCAGAAGAACCCUGGAGAUUAAACCACCAUCUCUAAGGGAAGAUCCUACUGAAAUCCACCCAAACAUCUGUAGUUACUAGCCUAGUAUGCACUAUUAUUAAAUGUAAUGGCAGUUUUCAGUUUUUUUAUAAUAUGGGUGGGGAUGGAGUAGGUUUAGGAAAAUGGGUUGUGAAACCGUUCACGUAAAUUGCUUAACAAUGUGACUUUGCAAAAAGAUACCUGCAGAAAUAUUUUUGUUCCCCAAUUCUAAAGUUCUACCUCUCAGAAUCCAUAAUAUGAUUUUUAGCAACAAACAAAUCUGUUUUAUUCUUACUCAUUUUGAAAAUCUGCAUCAUCUACAUCAUGUUUCUGGUACAGAUAUCUAUGCACUGAUUAUUUCCUAAUGUUCUGCUCCAAAGUUUUUCCUUGAAAUUGGUCUGACUCGAUACUUUACAGGAAAGCAAAAUUCAAUUCAGUAAUUAAUCAGCUCAGCCCCAGCAAUAAAAUUUGUAAAUUAUAUAUGUUGUUAAUUCUAUUCAGUAUUUAUUGACCAUAGAUAGAUUUUUACUGAAGAGGUUCCAUAACAUGGAAUAACAGAUGGCUGCGUACGUUUUUCCCUUUCCCAAAAGAUUUUGUAAAAUUAAUUCUUGUUUAUGGAAUUAUAUUUAUGAUUGUGAAAAUAGAAUUGUUUUCAUUCUUACUAUUAUACUUAUUGAAUGCUUUUGUUCAGUUAUUUUAUUUUUUUUCCAAAACAAUGUGGCAGGUUAUAUUUGACUAUGAAGUGCAUUGUGACAUUAAUAAUGUCUUAUAUAUUUUAACUUGUAUGUGAUGUCAUGUAAACUGAUGUCAAUGAAACAUUCGUUUGAUCUGAGAUAAUUAACAUUCAUUUUCUGUCAAUAACCCUACAACACAAAAACCAGAAACAAAUCCUAAUUUUCUCAAAGAAGCUUUGCAGUAAUUUCUGAAAUGUGUUAAGUUUUUUUUUUUUUUUUUUUGUAAAUGACACAUUUCAGCCCAGCCCGCUCUCUAUUAUUGACAUCUUGGCAGAUUUGAAUUCUGUAUAUAGGGUGUUGCAGUUUGAUGUAAAACAUUGCUGACUCUAUACCUGAGGGAAAAAUUGCUUUGUUCCAGUCACUUCACUGACAAAAUUAUAUAUUAUCCUCGUUUUCUAAAUUUCAGCAUAGCUGUACAUAUGUGAUCUGCCUUUAGUUUCAAAUGCUGGUCAAAAUUAGAUUAUAUAAUGGCAAGGCUUAUUUCUUAUAGUUGAUAUACUAAGUGCUAUAAAUUGUACAAUCUGUAAAGAUUUUUUUUUAGGUUUCAGAACAUGUAACAGCUGUGAAAAUGACUGGUCCAAAUAUAAGUGUUUUUACCCACUCUUGUGCUUUUAUAAUUUAAUUUGAAUAAAAACCAACGUCAUACUUUUA